AUGCCUUCCGAUACUAGCGUCCAGGCAGCCCUUUCUCUCAUUGAGAAUGACAAGUCCAAGGUCUUGGGCCUGACCGUGGGGACCCACCAGAACGUCGAGCCAGGACAGUACAUCGCUCGCAGUGACGCUCAGUCACCUCCAGAGCUCACCCUCCCAGGCGCAUCGACCUCAACCACCUAUCUGAUCGUCGCCCUGGACGUCGACGCUCCAUUCCCAUCCUUUACAGCGCUGGGACCCAUUCUGCACUGGAUCCAGCCGGGUGUCAAAGCCACGGAGGCGGGUGUGCUCAACCCCACCGCGCCCUUUGUCGCGAAUUAUAUCGGACCCGCCCCGCCGCCCGGUAGCUCGCCCCACCGGUACAUGUUCUUCGUGUAUGAGGAGCCCGAGGGCUUUGAUCUCGCCAAAUAUGCUCCGCCUAAUGGCCAGAAGUUGAGCAACUGGAACCGCAUGCGCUAUGACCUUGAUGCCUGGGCUAAGGAGAUUAAUCUUGGUCCUGUGGUGGCUUUCAACUACUUCACUAGUAACUAA